AUUAAUGCGAAAUAGUCUAAGCUAUUUGAAACAUUCAGGCGUCACUUAUCACUCCAUGCAAAGAUUAUUAAUCAGGGACUAGUUUGGGUCUCAGUGAAAGUUCAUCUGAACAGAAACGAGUUCGGUUGAUAAGACAAUAUACAUGGCCCAAUAUUACCCAAAUUUGUUUCUUAUUAGCGCAACAAAUCCGAUUAAUCAACUAUUCUAAUUUUCGCUAACAUUAGUGUUACUUUUGUGAUGUUGUAUCAUUCUUUUAAUCUUUAAAUCUUCUUCACAUUUUGUCUUUUGUUUCAAUCCUAAAGUAGUUAUUUUUUUAUGAAAACAAAUGAAGUUUUGUCGCCUAAACCACGUUAUUAUUCCGCGGGCGAAAGUUAGACCGCCAAAUUGUAAAUCAAAUCGACAUUGAAAUACAUUUUGAAGAUAUUUGACUACCUCAAACGUUAAAAAAUGCAUCAAAGAGAAAUUAUUAACAAAAGUCAAUAUUUUUCUAAGGCGGUUUAUUUCGAAUUCAUUUAGUAUUUUUCUUCUGUUUUUGUUAUUUGUCGCUCUGAAUACUUGAAUUGUUUGCCUGUUUUAUACAAGGUUCAAUCGUUAAGUUUGAACUGUUGUUUUGUCGUGAAAUACCUGUAUGCGAGUUCGACUGUUUCUAAACAUCGUGCCGAGUAGACAAAACAUCGUGCGGAAUGGAAUUAUUUACUGGGGAGGCAAAGUUUGUCUGAGUUAGUUUUGGGCGGUGUUUACUGAGGCAAUCAACCAUUUACUUUAGCAGUUGGUUACAACUUAAUUGCAAAUACAAAUCGAAAAAGUUGGAUUCAUGGCGUUUUUGAUAAACAAUAUUUAACGAGAGUAUUCUUCAAUCAUUUCGAAACUAUUUAAAUGAUUUUUUUGAACUGUUACUGUUUCUUUGAGAAAAUGUUUAUUUAUGUUCUUGUUAAAAUCUUCAGUUAACCAGAGAACUGAAUUGUCUAGACGCAGAUGUUGAAAUAACGCUUCAAUAAACUAACCUUUAUUUUUUGUUACUAGCCGCCCUUAUCGUUCAAUUUAUUAUAGCCACCGCCUGAAAACUGUCGUUUUACUGUAACGCAUCGUUAAAAACCAAAGUAUCUAAAAAGACACUUUAAAGUUAAAGUUCAAUUUUAUUCACUCAAGAUACUUAUUCUGAGCCAGCAUAAGUUAACACUUGUUUUCAGGCGACAUAAACUAAGAUUCCGCGUAAUUUCCCAGCAAAUGAAAGCGUUUAGUUUUAUUCAAUCUUUUAUUUUUAUCCCAGAUUUUUUAUAUAUUUUCCUUAUCGAAUAAUCGCAAUUGUCGCUUUAUCUACACAGCACAGAUUUGUUGAAACAAUAUUUCUGACUCUGUUGUUUGUUAAUAGGUCGUUUUUACGCUAAUUUAUUUCCUCUUUUAUUGAAUCGUCGCAUCUUUUGCUUAAAGUUCACCUCUCUUUCUUGCUUAGUUUUUUUCAAUCAGUUGGAACUUAUUGUGAGUAAUAAUAUUGGUCCAUUUGACAUGGCAUUCAACAUGCCGUAUAUGCCAUUUUGCCCACCUAGGUUCCCUAGAGCGCCUCCUUGGGGUUCGAACUUCAGCCAACAACAGCCCUCUCCAUUCGCACUCCCCUCACUGUCACCGCCCGAUAUCCCAACACAGCCGCCAUCGACUUCUCUGCCCGUACUGGGAACUGAGAAUCAUCGCCGUUACUUGGACUGGAAGAAGCUAGCCCACACCUACCCUUCGCUUUUCGACACUCCUUCACAACAUUACAAUCGGGCAAACCAUGCGGCGGUUUUGAACACUAUCAGAAGGAGGAACCAUCACGACAUUGGGAUCCCAGCAGCACCUCAAAUGCACCCGGCUCGGUUGGACCCAAGAUUAAAAGAUUUAGCGGAGCUGAAUACCUUUUUUGCCAACAUUUCACAGGGUAUUAUCACACCAUCAGGCGACAAAUGUAGUCAAAGAACAGCGGGAAGUCGUCCGUUUCUGAACGCCUCUCGACCUCCAUUGCCGCCACUGAUUCUACCCCCGACUCCGAUUGCCUCGAUAUCGCCGCAAGAAACUCAAAAAAUCUUUUCUGAUAUCGAUGAUGUCACUCCUGAUGAGAAUGAAAAUUUAAUCACGAGACAUCAUCUGACCAAAUUGAGCAGCAAAACCAACGACCGAAAUAUUCAAGUUUUUGAUAAUAAAAAAUUGAGCCCCGAAGAUGUUGUUCUGAUUGAAGACGACGAAGAUGAGAGUUCUGAUCUAUUUGUUCUUGAUUACGCGGAAAUCGCGGGUCAAAAAUUGGCCGUUCUGUUUUUCGAUUCUGGCGAACCGUACUUCUGUGUGAAUGAAAUCCUGGAAAAACUGCUUCCGGAUGUUGACAACUCAGUGGCGAAACUGGACAAAGUUUCAAAACAGUUCAACUGGAUUUUGCCACGACUUGCUACUUCAGGGCAGCUGAAACUGCUGAAAAGUCACUCAAUAAUUAAUGAAGCGGAUCCGUUUUGCGGUUUAAUCCAGCGCUCGCUUGCAGAAUAUCUUGUCCAAUGGUGCUGUAUGCACAAGCAUUCAUCUGAUAAUCGUAAAAUUGAUUAUUCUUCAGAAAGUGUUUCAGCAAGAAUUGACGACGGAAUAAUCGUCCAUCAUCAAUGUUUUGGUUCAAACGAAGGAGUUUUCCUGACGGAUAUUUCAAAAGAUUCACUUGAUAUCUCUUUGGAUCCAUGCGUACAAUGUUUGACAUGUAACAGAGUCCUAACUUGUCAGCAGUUUGUUUGUCACAGUCACAAUGUACCUUCAAACGAGCAUCAUUGGGGGUUCAAUUCGAAUAUGUGGUAUUUAUACUUGCAAGUAAAGGAAAAACAGUCCAAUUUCAGCACAAAGCUGCUGUUAUGGACGAAAUUUUUAGAAAAAUUUUGUAGCAUUUCAGACAAAGUCGCACACGAAAACGUAAUGGAUUUUUCCAAAAAAUCAUUUUAUAAUUUCGUUGAAACUUCGAGCUCUGAUGGCGAAUUGACUGAUGAUCAACUUAACCGAGCAGACUCAAAUUUGUUUUCAAGUUCUAAUUAUAACUCAGAAAGCGAAGAGAUAAAACACGAGCUGAGUAUUGACGAGGAAGAUGAAAUUCCGACUGUUGAAAUUGGCGACUCAUCGCUGGGGGACGAAGAUGAAGUCGGGUCUGGAGCCGAAGAUGACGAAGUUGAAGUGUGUGACUCCGUGACACCAGCAGCCGAAGUUGAGUCCGACUCAGAUCCAACUGCUGGUCGAGAGAUCGACGAUGAGAAGAAGACCAUUUCAGAAACACAUUCAGCACAUCAGGUUGAAGUGAAACUCGAGAUCUUUGAGGUUUGUGACUCAGUAGAAGCAUCAGAUUCAAUGGGUGAACCGGCAGCAGAAUCAUUCGCCACGGGGUUAAAUCUGUCCUUGCGAGACGUUGAACACUUACCACUACCUGAUUUUGACUCUUCGGGCCAUGCACGCCUAUUUCAAGGUCAACUUCAGGGAUUGCCAGGUCAAUGUCAGCGGCUUGCAGGUCAUGAACAUCCGGACUCAUUGGGUCAUUUGUCUUCAUUUCAAGGUCACGGAUCACCUUGUCAGGUUCAGGGUCCAUCAGGAUUCCACGAGGUGAUGAGGUAUCCUCCGAGAGCUAAAUCGGAAUUGAUUCCCGAAACCAAUUGGGCUGUGAGUGAUUCUACAUUGGAUGUCACUCUGGUGCCUAGAUGUCUCAGUGCGGGAAUUGUGGACUGUUAUUACGACUCGGUACCUGUCGGCAGUUCGACCGACGGGCACCAAAACAUUAUUAUGUUGAGGAGCAGUGUUGAACCGUUAAAUAUCGACGUAGGAAAUGAGAGCGCGCUCCAAUUAGAUCAAACUUCCAAAAAUUUGACCAAUUCGGCAGUCGGAACUUUCGGUGACCUUCCUUCCUCCGCAGUUUCCCAGCUUUCGUUUGCGUUGGAUGUCAAGAAGGAUUGGCCUCUGGAUUCGGUAUUGGGACGGUUUUAUUCUCUCCAGCAACUGAAACUUACCGGUGAAGUGGAAUUGAACUUAAAUCGAGAUCUGGUCGAAACUGCAGAUGAAAGUGGACCAUUAGAUUUGUCUGUAAAAGAUAAAAAUGUCUCGCCAGAAAUUCAAGUAGAAAGCCGAUUGCCUACGUCUUUUGCACAUUUGAAGCGAGCCCGAAGUCCCAUUUCACCCGAAUUGGUGACAGCCAAGAAACGAGCAAGUAAAACCGCGAGCCUCGAGGAGCAUCGAAGUGUGUCAUCUUCGCCCCAAGUCGGAGCGUCAAAAAUUCAUCCGAGAAAUGUUGCAAUGAGCGUCUCGCCUGCUAAUAUAUUCAGCCUUAACAAAAGUUCAAGUGAUGGUCAAGGAUCAACAAACAAUCACAGCCAUGUAAUAAAUGGCUCCGAAGUAAGAAACGGUCACGCUUAUAUGUCAAAUUUGCCAGACAAUUUAGUUGCAGGAGUUAACCGAAUUUCGGUUCCAAAUCAUGAAAUUGGCAAGGCGAGUCCUUUUCACAAUCAGUUCUUGGGAAUGUCAAGAGUUCCCGAAAAUUUGUUAUCGAAGCACUACCCGGUAGCUACUCCUGGCCAUUUAAAUGGGGGCCAUAACACUCGGUUAUUGAAUCGCACUAAGGAGUUCCCUCCCAGACUAUCACCUGAACAUCUUCUAGAAUAUUCCACGUCUCUUUUGACAUCAGAAGUAUCAAAAUUACCUCUCAAUUCUCAGCAGCAGUAUCACCUCAAUAGGAUAGCACACUCGAUCAAAUCUCAAGUGGCGUCCCUUCAAAAUCAACACCGGGUUCUCAUGAAUCAUAGGUCAGAAGUGAUGAAAGGACUCCUGGCAGAAAUUGAGAGUCUUAAGUCGAAUAGUCGACAGACAACACAACCACCUGCCAUGUGCUCUGGAACUACUCCUAUGAUCGGAUCCGGAUCCAGUUCGGGAUUCGGGAUAGCCUCGCUAAACAGUCAUGGAAACUCUCCGAUAUCAGUUGUCGAAAGACAAAGACUUCUAAUGAAUCACAACGGAGUGAUCAAUCAUAGUCCCCAUCCCCAGCAGACAUAUCAUCACCACAAGGAGCACAUGUUACCCAGACCUCCAACUUUACCAUUCCAACCUCCGCCUUUUCAACCGCCAAAUAGUCCAGCUCAUGCUAGUCAUUUUUUGCACGCUUAUAAUCAUUUGCGACGCCAGCAGCAGCAGAAUCUAAAUACGAAUCCAGUAGCACCGCCGCCAUUUGGUUUGUCUAAUCUCGAGGGGAUGGGUUUGCAUCAGAACUUAUCUCACCCCCUCUCUAAUCACAAUCGGGGCCUUCUACCCAACUCCGGACUGGCUGUUCACAGAAUACACCAACAAAACUCACAAAACCUCAGUCAGAAUUUGAACAGCAAUUUGAACUCAGGGAAUUUUCACAAUAGCUCAAAUUCAUCACUCGCCUCAUCUGCGUCGCCUGCGGCGGCGUCUGUGGUCACGGGGGGCUACCCGGUAGCACCGGGCGUCUGCGAUGGUCGCUUCUUGUCGUCCCCGCGACACCAUAUGGAGUACGAGCGCUUCUUAGCUCAUUGCUCCCCACCUCAAAAACCAAAACUGCCUUUUUCUAUGCGUCAAGUUCCGGCCGACAUUCUUACAUAACCAAAUGUAUUUUCUACCGUGAAUUAGACAUUACAUAAUCAGUAAUUUUGAAGAUCUGCCAUUCUUUCAAUAGUUAGAAUAGUAUAAUAUCAGUAGAUUCCAUGUCUGAAGAGCGUUUAUGGAGUCCAAUUUGAUCUGAAAUAAAUUGAGUAAUCAAACGUCAUUUCUUACUGCUUUAUUGAAAAAUUAAAAAUUAAACUUAUAAAUAAUGCUUGUGUAUAUCUUCGCUUUCCUUUUGCCUUUCUGAUGUAAUAAUUUGAAAUUUAUUUUCCUUGUGUACAAUAUGUCGAUGAAUAGUUUAAAGCGAUUGUUCCUUUAAGUAAACUGAUUACUUCCUUCCGCAAU